GCCAAGAGGGUGUCUACAAUGACGUCAGCACUUCUGGAGGACAUCCGAGAGGAAGUCACCUGCCCUAUCUGCUUGGAGCUCCUGACAGAACCCCUGAGCAUAGACUGUGGUCACAGCUUCUGCCAGGCCUGCAUUAUAGGGUACAGUGACAGGUCAGGGCUCAACCAAGAAGGGAAGAGCAUCUGUCCUGUGUGCCAGACCACCUACCAGCCUGGGAACCUCCGGCCUAACCGACACCUGGCCACCAUAGUGAAGAGGCUCAAAGAGAUCGUGUUGGGCCCGGGAAAGCAGUCAGAGGUCAUUCUUUGUGCUCUUCAUGGAGAGAAACUCCAGCUUUUUUGCAAGGAGGAUGGGAAGUUAAUUUGCUGGCUUUGUGAGCGAUCUCCAGAGCACCGUGGUCACCACACAUUCCUCAUGGAGGAGGUGGCUCAGGAGUACCAGGAACUGUUCCAGGAGUCUCUGAAGAAGCUGAGGAAGGAGCAGCAGGAAGCUGAGAAGCUAAAAGUUCUUAUCAAAGAGAAGAGGGAAUCCUGGAAGAGUCAGGUGGAGCCUGAGAGACACCGGAUCCAGACCGAAUUUAAGCAGCUGCGGAGCAUCCUGGACCGAGAGGAGCAGAAGGAACUGAAGAAACUGGAAGUAGAAGAAAGGAAGGGGCUGAGCAUCAUAGAGAAGGCCGAGGGGGACCUCAUCCACCAGAGCCAGUCACUAAAGGAUCUCAUCGCCGACCUGGAGCACCGCUGCCAGGGGUCCACAGUGGAGCUCCUGCAGGAUGUGAGUGAUGUCACAAAAAGGAGUGAGUUCUGGACCCUGAGGAAGCCCCAAACUCUCCCCACCAAGCUCAGAAGUUUGUUCCGAGCCCCGGACCUGGAAAAGAUGCUGCGAGUCUUUCGAGAGCUGACAGACGUCCAGAGCUACUGGGCCAUCCAGCAGUCUGUAAGAAAGAAGAGCCUCAGAAGUUAGGGCAAGAAAAAGUAGGGGAGAAAUAGAAUGGCUUCAACAGUUCCCAUGAAAGUAGAGAAGGAGGCCAAUUGCCCUGUCUGCCACGAACUUUUGAAAGAACCCAUGAGUCUAGGCUGUGGCCACAAUGCAUGCAAAGCCUGCAUCACCACAAACAAGAAAAAUGCAGUGAUCAACCUCAGAGGGAGAAGCAGCUGUCCUGUGUGUGGUACUAGAUUCUCAUUUGAAAAUCUACAGGUUAAUCAACAUCUGGCAAACGUAGUAGAGAGACUUAGGGAAGUCAAGGUGAACCCUGACAUUGGGGAAAAAAGAGAUCUCUGUAUCCACCAUGGAGAGAAACUCCUUCUCUUCUGUAAGGAAGAUAGAAAGAUCAUUUGCUGGAUUUGUGAGCGUUCUCAGGAGCAUCGUGGUCACCACACUUUCCUCCGGGAGGAAGCAGUCAAGGAAUGUCAGGAGAAUCUCCAGAAAGCUCUCGAGAGGCUGAGGAAGGAGCAGGAGAAGGCGGAGAAACUGGAAGCUGACAUUAAAGAAGACAGAAUUUCCUGGAAGUGCCAGAUUCAGACUGAGAGACAAAGGAUACAAAUGGGUUUUGAUCAGCUCAGAAGAAUCCUGGAUGAGGAGGAGCAGAGAGAGCUGAAAAGACUUGGGGAAGAGGAGCAGCUGAUACUCGACAGCCUGGCGGAGGCAGAAGCUGAGUUGGCUCAACAGAGCCAGUUGGUGCAGGAACUUAUUUCAGAUCUGGAGCUUCGGUGCCAGUGGCCAGCGACAGAGCUGCUGCAGGAUAUGAGCGGUACCUUGAAAUGGAGUCAGAUCUGGACGUUGAAGAAGCCAAAAGCGGUUUCUAGGAAACUGAAGAAGGUAUUCCAAGCUCCUGAUCUGAGCGACAUGCUCCGACAGUUUAGAGAGUUAACAGCUGUCCGGGGCUAUUGGGCGGAUUUCACAUUUAAUCCAGAAAACCUAAAUUUGAACCUUAUUCUUUCAGAAGAUCACAGACAAGUGACAUCUGUGCCCAUUUGGCCAUUUAAGUGUUAUAAUAAUGGUAUCUUGGGCUCCAAAUGUUUCUCCUCAGGGAAACAUUACUGGGAAGUGGAUGUGUCUGAGAAGAACGCCUGGACACUGGGAGUUUACGUUAGAAAACGUACUUUAAAGUUCGAUGUCAGGAGAGGCAAAAAUCAGCCAAAUGUUUGCCACAGAUACAAACCUCAGAAUGGCUACUGGGUUAUAGGGUUACAGGAUGGAUCAAAGUAUAGUAUCUUUGAGGAUUCUUCCAACUGUGACCCUACCGUUCUGACCCCCUUUGUGGCUGCCCCUCUCAAUCGGGUUGGGGUUUUCCUUGACUGUGAAGAGGGCAUAGUGUCCUUCUUCAAUGUCACAAACCAUGGGUCACUCAUUUACACGUUCUUUAAAUGCUGCUUUUCCCACCCUGCUUAUCCAUACUUUAAUCCUUGGGACUGCCCAGCUCCCAUGACCCUGUGUCCUGGGAACUCCUGAGUUUUCUCAUGCUCAUCCAUUUCUGAUAUUAUUUCUUGCCCUGAUGCUCGCCUUCAUCUGGACAUACCUGUGCCAUUCAGGCAUCUCUUCCCGUGGUCUCCCUUCUGUACUUUAAUACUUUAAGUCGUGCUUAGAUGUGGUGAAUCUGGAAUCAUUUAGGAGAGAUCCUUACCCAUUUACUCUUGUUGAUAUCCUCAAAGAAAGCUCAAGUCAAGCCGAGAACUAGCUAGACUAAUCAGUAUAACAUCUAUGCCCCCCCAACUUCUGUAUUUCCCUCUGUCUUCAAGAAAUCUGACAAAGCCGGUUAGCCACUCAUCCCUGUUAUUUAAACAAUCCAUAAGAACUGGCUUCGUAACCAUCACUAAUGAGAAUAUGUCGAUUUGCCCAAGAUAUCUCACAUUCAACAGGGAGUCAAGGAACAGAAAAUAUAAGCAGUGAUGAGCCUGGAGUGGAGUUAUUUCUGCUUUACAAAUUCAAGUCCUUUCUCUCACUGUAACAAAUACAGAGGUUUUUAAACUGUAAAUUGAAAUGUGUGUAACUUAAGAUCGUCACAGGAUAUUAUUGGCCCUUGUUCCUUGCUCCACCUCGACCCAUCUCAGGCUUUCCCCUCUACCCCAUAUCUCAGCC